AUGCAUGACCAGACCGAUAAGCCUUCUGCCACCAGUAAGACGGAGGAUGUCUUCGUGGAGGUGGAAACUCACCAGAUUCACUACAAGACACUCAGCUGGCAGCUUCUUGCUUUCCUCAUGAUAGCAGAAAUUGUCAGCAACGGCAUGUUGUCUCUCCCAAGUACCCUAGCUAUCGUGGGGAUUGUACCUGCCGUGAUCGUUCAAACGUUCCUAGGAAUUUUUGCUCUGUACACUGCAAAAUUACUGAUAGACUUCAAGCUAAACCACCCUGAAGUGCAUAACAUGGGUGAUGCUGGUCUUAUCAUAUUCGGUCCAUUGGGGCGCGAAGUGCUGUCACUUGGAACAGUAGUUUUUGCUGUUUUUGCGGCGGGGUCCGAGUUACUGUCUGGGCAGCAGGCCCUUUCGACAUUAUCAGACAAAGGUCUAUGCAGUGUCUAUUUUGUCUUGAUCAUGGCUGCAGUGUCCUUCGUCGUAGCGCUUCCCAGGACUCUUGAUGGGCUCAGUUGGCUGGGGAUGCUCAGUGCGAUCCUCAUUGCACUCACUGGCGUCUUGGCAAUGAUUGGCGCUGGCCUCAAUCCUGUGGAAGGCCGCGUCAUAAACGUGACCAUAUCUGCUAGUUUCUACGAGGCGUUUUUGGCUAUCACCAACCCUGUAUUCUCGUAUGCGGGCACGCAUAGGUUCUUCAUCUUGAUAUCGGAGAUGAAAGAGCCUCGAGACGCAAUGAAGGCGGCAUGGUGCCUACAGACAUUUGCCACCAUAUUCUACGUGGUAUUCAGCGUAGUUCUCUAUGUUUACAUUGGAAACACAGUUCAAUCUCCAGCUCUCUUCUCGUUACCGCCUAUAUGGGCGAAAGUCACCUUUGGCGUGGCCCUUGGUAACUUCAUCUUUUCAGCAGCAAUUUGCUCCCAUACCGCAGCAAAGCUGGUGUUCAUACGGCUGUUCCGCCACUCUCACCAUCUGUACUCGCAUACGCUACUUGGAUGGGGCGUGUGGACCCUCCUGUGCCUCGCUGCGAUCGUCGCUGCCUUCAUCUUGGCCGUAGCUGUCCCCGUAUUUUCCUACCUCAUAGGCAUCGCAGCCUCCCUAUUCGCAGCUUGGUACACCUAUGGCAUUGCGGGUGCCUUUUGGCUUCACGACACUUACCACAUUGAAGGUGGUUUUGCGGCACUUAGAAGACGUCCGUUAGGUACUGCACUUGCUUCCUCGACCGUAUUGGCGGGUGCCUUCAUCUGCGUGGCUGGAACGUACGUCAGCAUCAAGACACGAACGGGCCCGAGAGCCGCUUGCGGCAUCACUCCCUCGUGA